UCUUCCGCGCUUGUUUUCUGCGUAGGUGGGUGGCGGACGGAGGCGGUGAGCUCCGGAGUCCGCUGCUGCGAGCGGCGGCCGGCGAGAUUUCGCGCCGCGGGACCUGAGCCCUUUCGUUGGUGGCGCGCAGGUCGGUGUGCGGCGGCCGAAAGCGCGGAGAAACCGAAAGGCGGACGCGCCGCUCCCGGCCGCGGGAAGCUGUACUUCGCCCGCAGACUGAGCUGAACUCUUUUAGUGCAGCAAGCAUUUGUUGGAGGAGUAACUCCCAAGGAAUUAAAGAUGAGUAAGAGCAAAGACGAUGCGCCUCAUGAACUAGAGAGCCAGUUUAUUUUACGAUUGCCCCCAGAAUAUGCCUCAACUGUGAGGAGGGCGGUGCAGUCUGGACACGUCAACCUGAAGGACAGACUGACCAUUGAGUUACACCCUGACGGGCGGCAUGGAAUUGUCAGGGUGGAUCGAGUGCCCUUGGCCGCAAAAUUGGUAGAUUUGCCUUGUGUUAUGGAAAGCUUAAAAACCAUCGACAAAAAAACCUUUUACAAGACAGCAGAUAUCUGUCAGAUGCUUGUAUCCACAGUAGAUGGUGACCUAUACCCUCCUGUGGAGGAGCCCGUUGCCACCGCUGAUCCCAAAGCAAGCAAGAAAAAAGAUAAGGACAAAGAGAAAAAGUUUGUUUGGAACCAUGGAAUCACUCUACCUCUAAAAAAUGUCAGAAAGAGAAGGUUCCGGAAGACAGCAAAGAAGAAGUAUAUUGAGUCUCCCGAUGUGGAAAAAGAAGUGAAGCGGUUGCUGAGUACCGAUGCUGAAGCUGUCAGCACUCGUUGGGAGAUAAUUGCUGAAGAUGAAACAAAGGAGACUGAAAAUCAAGGCCUCGAUAUCUCCUCUCCAGGAAUGUCUGGCCACAGGCAGGGCCAUGACUCACUAGAACACGAUGAGCUUCGAGAGAUAUUCAAUGACCUCAGCAGCAGCAGUGAAGAUGAGGAAGAUGUCAACAUCAUUGACACCGAGGAAGAUCUGGAGAGGCAGCUACAAGACAAGCUCAAUGAGUCAGAUGAACAGCACCAAGAAAAUGAAGGAACCAACCAGUUGGUUAUGGGAAUUCAGAAACAGAUUGAUAACAUGAAAGGCAAGCUCCAGGAGACCCAAGACAGGGCAAAGCGCCAGGAGGAUCUCAUCAUGAAAGUAGAAAACUUGGCUCUCAAGAACAGGUUUCAAGCUGUUCUGGAUGAACUCAAACAAAAAGAAGACAGGGAGAAAGAGCAGCUUAGUUCUUUGCAGGAAGAACUAGAAUCACUCCUAGAGAAGUGAGAAUGUUGAUUUCUGUUCUUUGACUGGUCAGCUUGAGAAAAUUUUUAUUUUCAUAAUAACGAUCUCAGAAUUAUUCGCUAUAGUGUUAGGAGUUUUGUUGAAUUCUGUUGGUUAUUUUUGGAACUAUUACCGAGGUUUUCAUUCUUUAGGAAGUAGGGUUACAUGGGCAGGUGUAGGGAAGUUGUAAAAUUAGUGAACAGUUGAACUUUAAUCAUUCACCAUAGGACUUACAUUUGUCUCUUUUCCAGAAGUUUUUAUUUCUAUUCUGUGGUGCUAAGAUCAGUAAGAAGCUAGCCUAUGGGCAGUGAAGUUAUUUUUAUUUUUUUAAUGUAUGUAUACAGUAGCUAUUUUAUUAGCUACCCAGCAAGUUUCCAUGUAUAGAAAUGUAAGUUUUUGCAUAAGUUGUUUCUUGCACAAUAAAAGCUACCAGUUUUUGCAUUAUAAUGUUAAUCUUUUUCUUCUAUGAAUAGUGAGAGUUGAGAUAGAUACAUGGAGUUUAAUGACUGAAUGGUGUGGUUAUGUUUUGUAGAUAAAGACACAUACUGUUCUUUUAUGUUUUCAGGAAAAGGAAUACACAGGUAAGGAAAUGGAAAAAUUCAUCUUUGCAUUCUAUUAAAGGUCAGAUCUACCUGGAGGUUUGAGAACACUGGGUCCAGAGCCAUCUUAAACUAUCGGCGUUUUUAUUAAGCACUAAGGUUAUCUGUGUAAAGUAGUGGGAUCAGAAGAACAGUGGUUAUCAGAUAAACCAUUGCACUUAUUUGAAUUAAAAUUACAUUCUUAACUAUUGCUGAUUUAAUUGUUGCAGUUA